AUCGGUUGAACAGCCAGGGAGGAGACAUUGACAUAUGGGAGGAGAGGAGAACAACGGAGCAGCUACCUGAACCCAAACAAACAGUGUUAGCUAAUAGUGUACAGUUAUAAGGUAGUAAAAAGUGAGCUCAGUGUAGUGUUUGUUCAUCUAUAACUACAAGAUUACAAGAGCUUUCAGGACGGAUGCAGCGGUGAUAUACACUCCUAUCGGCAGCUGGGAGGCGGUGCUCUUUAGCAUUAGCUAGCCAGUUAGCUGGUUCUAACUGACAGGAAAAGCUGCUGGUAACGUCAUUUUGGCUGGCCACAAAACGAACACAAAGGAAAGAAAAGAUUAAAAAGAAAAAAAUAAUUAUAAGUUUAAAUCUGGUAUUACUGAUAGGGACCGCUGUGUCGUAAUAUAAGCAAGUUAGUGGUUACUUUGUUGAGACCAUAGUUUGUACUACUACAUAGAUUGACUAACGUUAGCUAACUUAGCUAGCUAUUGUUAGGUCGUCUGAGGCGACAUCUGUAAAUACUGGAUUUGGGUAGCUUUAGCUAACAUAGCUAGAAAAACACAAUGAGUACCGAGGCUGCAGCGUCCACUAAACCCACUCCGGAGGAUGAUGGCAUGACAUGGUGGUACCGAUGGCUCUGCAAAAUAGCUGGGGUUUUGGGAGGAGUAUCCUGUGCCGUCUCAGGAGUGUGGAACUGUGUCACUGUGAACCCUUUAAACAUUGCUGCUGGAGUUUGGAUGGUGUUAAAUGCCUUUGUGCUGUUCCUAUGUGAAGUCCCAUUCUGUUGCCAGUUCAUAGAGUUUGCUAAUGCAAUAGCAGCCCGUGCAGACAAAUUCAAACCUUGGCAGAAAGCCUUCUUCUACUGUGGGAUGGCUCUGUUUCCUGUGUUUUUGAGUUUCUCUUUUACAACCUUGUUUGGAAAUGCCAUCGCCUUCGCUACAGGAGUUCUGUACGGCCUUGCGUCUUUAGGCAAAAAGGGAGACGCAGUGACUUAUGCCAGACUACAGCAUCAGAAACAGGCAGAUGAAGAGAAGAUGACAGAAACGGCAAAUGGGGCUCCGGAGUAAGGCAUCUGCCUUUCCACCCUCCUCUUCCUCUAUUUUCUUCAGUUGUUACUGCCCUCCAUCCAUCCUACCUCUUCCUCCAUGCUUCUUUCCUCUUUCUCAUUUCUGUCACUACAUAAUUAUGGUACUGAGUUUACUUAUUUACUUACACUGCUGCAUUCUUGUUGUCCUGACCUAAUAGUAUACAAACGGAUUAGCGUUGGAUUAAGUCCAUUACUUGGUACUUGGUGUGUAAAUGGGAUCUCUCAUUGUGACUCGAUACCAUAGAUUGUAUGUUUUGCUUUUCGUGGUUUAUGGUCUUCUCAUGGGUUGUAUUUUUUUUUUUUUCCCUUUUGUUGUUUGUUGCUGCUGUCAGUUGUAAACUCGUUUUCUGCACGAAAAAUGUGAGGUACACCUUUCUAGCCCAAGAACAUUUCAGGAAAUCCUUAAACUAAAUUAAUGUGAAUGUAAAAUGUACAUAAUUAACUUAAGGUUAUCAGGUUAUUCACUAUGAGGCUGAUUCAAAUGUGUCUCACUUGGAGAGUGAAGUGGGUAAAGAUAAGUCCAAUGGUAACAUGGGGUUCAGACUUGUUUCAGCAGCAGACCCAAAUAUCGAUAUCAGCUCUCUUGCAGCUCUAACCUUAUUAUCAUCGGAAAGUAUUGGCCAGUGGGGUUUCCAAAGCCUGUUGCGUUAACUCUGCAUUUAAUCCGAAGAACCUACUUUAAGCAGUGAAUGUAGAUGAUACAAGUCAACUUAGUUAACAGUGAAAACUUGUGCUACAAAAGUUCUACUUUAAUUUAUAAUGGGGGGUCUUAUUAAACUUUAUUGUAAUAUUUAUUGAAAAAAAACGGCCUGACUUUUGACAGUUACUACAACAGAUCUGUAAAAAGCCUCAAGUUUCCGUGAGUUUUUCCUCUGAGUCCCAAAAUGUACCUUCACUGGACUACUUUUGAGUAAAGAAAAUGGAAGGGAUUUUGGUAUUACAGUAUUCUACCCACUGUUCAGACAAAACUCUGAAUUACAGCCUGAAUGCAUUUUAAAAUAUACAUAGGCUUUAGAGAUAUGUUUAACAUUGGGGAAUGUACCUGGUAUACCCAAAGAUAAACAAGGUAUGCUUUCAUAUAUUAUUUGUUUAGUUGGUUUAAGCUCAGCUGGGGAAUUCCUGCACUAAACUUUUGGUAGCAUGGACCUGGUAUAGAGGGAAUUUUUAGGAAAAGCUUUCAGUGCAUGUGUCAGCUUGUGUACGUAUGUAUGGUUCCUCAUGAUCAAGCAGCCGGUAGCUGAAUUGUGGCUGCAGAUUUUGUGGUACAUUAUGAAUUGGAAAACUGUGCUUAUUUUUCCUCCUUUUGAAAACAUGUAAAACAACGUUUUAGAAUAUCUUACUGAAUAUCUACUGUGUUUAUUAUGAGUCUUAAUUAGUACACUUUACCAAAAUCCAUUACAAAUUCAAUGAAGGAGAAGUGUCUUGAUUCAGGGACGAUUUGGUCUGUAUCUCACACAAUCACCAGAGCCAUGGUUUGCCUUUUGUCACUCAGAUGAGGUAUGCAGCGUUCAGCAAUGUACAAUUUGUGUUUGUGUUUUGUUGCCUUGCCUCUGUUGUGUAAAAAGGAACUUUGGGAAUAAUUGUUUACACGUACCUCUUACAGCUGUUUCUAUCCUUAAUCUAUUACUGACUGGUCAGUGACUGAGUAGAUUAUUCACAAAUUACCACCAGCUCUCAGGUAUCGUACUUAACAAUGCACCGUGAACAGAUACAAAGUAGUUUAUGAAUAGAUCAUAGAUGUAUGGGAACUAGCAUAAGCAUGACUAUGAAAUUAGGAUGUCAUUUGAGCAGAUGGAAAAGCAUUUGUGUAGCAUUUAAAACAUGCACAACCAUCGUUCACAAGUGAUUAAACACUACACAUACACACCAGCAGUAUGCUACAGUUAGACACUACACACUUCCUAGUUUUAAUAAGAUGUAAAAUAAAACUCCUUGCCUUGUCCACAACCAUCCAUCCAGUUUUAUUGUAUUGCAGUGACGUGCAUCCAAGACUUGAGUGCAUAUUUUGCUGUAAGGGAUAUGUGUAUAAUGUGUGUUGUGAUGUGAAUACUGAUCCUGUUUAUCAAUUUGUGAAUUAAACAAACUUGCUACUACUA